AUGCUCUUCCCGCACCUUAGUGUGGCCUUCACGGACGCGUCCAAAGACUGCUUGAGCCUUGUGGCGGCAAGCGCGGAGCAACUUGGGUUGGCACUGCUUCAGGUUGGUAGUGAUGAGUUGGUUAGGCCCCUUCCGUGCAGCAUGGAGGGACGGGCGUUGCUAUCUUGUGAACUGGAGUGGGGUGAAGAGGGUUCCGAGCGCCUCCUCCGUGUGCUGUCGCAUCUGUGUUCAGGGUCCCAUCUGCGUCGCCCUACACGCGCUAUUCGGUUGGUAUUGGGUUCAGAUCUGAUGUACUACCGCGUGGAUAUUAGGGAACUGCUUACCACCUGCAAGAUGCUGCUUCAUCCUGGUGUGGGCAAUGACGAUGGCGAGGCGCAUUGUGAGGAAGAUACGGACUGUCUCUCCCCCCGUUUCGUCGUGCUCGCUCACUUCAUGCGCAUCCCGGAAGGAGAUAAGAAGCUCAAGUCCUGUGCGGAUAAAUUGGGGUUCGGUGCUGUCCGAGUUCCAAUUGACACUUUCCUUGAGCCGUGCGUAGUCCAGAGUCGAGGGUGGAAUGGAACAUCUGUCAUUCUCCUGUUCCUCCGGUCCUUAUCGUUAGGCGGCAUUCGACGGGGCACGCUGCCGGCUGACGUGGCAAGCCGGGCGUGUUCUACGGACUGUGAGCGGGAAGACCUUAUCGAAGCGAAAAAGCUGUUGCAUGGAGAACAGUUUUCCCUUCUCCGUGAAUGCUUGACCUGUUAUUCCACGGCGGCGGCUGAGGGAGGCGUUGGUAAACCCACGAAUGAAGCAGGGGAUAUGUGUGAUUUGAAAAUUCUUCCAUUUGCUGUGUAA